UAUGGUUAUUGCGCUCAGGAUGUUUUCUGAAUUUUCGGGCCUAUUUAAGGUGGUAAAGGGAAUGGCUCCUAAAGUGUAGUUAACAUUUGUCAUUAAUGGGGAUUUCUUUCCCUACCUCUAUUUUCAGUCAUUAGUAUGCUGAAGACAGUUGUUGUGUUUCAGAACUUCAUCUGCUGGCUAGGCCUUCUUUUAGAUGCAUGCCUUCAGUUUAUUGGUGUGCCUCAGCUUACGGGAUCAUUGAUUCGCUCAAUUGUGAGCUCUGCCGAUGUGUUUCCUUCCAUCAUUUCUCCUUUUUUUGUGGAUAGCGGUGGGCAUGAAGAAAAACUCUUAAUUUCCCACCAAAUUAGCAGAGCAGAGGAUGAGUUUUUAAAUCCCUCUUUUCUCACCCAGUGUGGACCUGAAAGAGGUUCUGACCCUGUUGAUGAGUGAAGGUUUGCCUGAUGUGAUUUUGGGCGACUUAGCCAGCUGUAGAUUCCAUGUGAAAAGGAGACCUGAGGGUUUCAGCUCUCAAACUACUGCUUUCAACUCUUGUCUUCAAGCAUUUUCUCCUGAUAUGUUAGUCUCUAGGAUGCACACAUGGAAAGGUCAGAAAUUUUGUCCCAGCGUCUGGGUAUCUAUCAUGCUACUGACUGAAUCAAGAAAGCAAUACCCAAUCUGUUUGGGAUUUGUCUUUCUCUUAACACAGCCUUGUGUAUCUAGAUUUUUCUCUAACCGUAAUGUGAGUUGCUGAUGUAAUAUCUUAAUUUGGUCCUAGGAGCUGUGGUGUUAAGCCUGGGAGUUAAUUUGUUCCAUUCACAGGGGUGCAAACAUUGUGAGGUGGAAUGCAUGCCCUUUGGGUUCUGUGCCACCAACUGCUCACACAGUAUUUUAACGUGGUUGGAUAUUUUGAACAGUAACCAGAGAAGGACUUGGGGUCCCAAGAUGGAGCGCUGGCACACAGUCCAAGAAACUUCCACCUCCUCUUGUUAUUUGGAAGAGGAGGAAGAAAAGAUAACACACACCCCCCACCCCGUGAAGGAUGAUCUCUAUGUGCGGAAACUGAGCCCAGUCAUGCCAAACCCAGGGGGUUCUUUUCAUCACUUUCUUCCCAAAUGUUGGACUCCAGAAGAUAUGAACUGGAAAAAAAUAAAGAGGGAGACUUAUAAGCCAUGGUAUAAGGAAUUUCAGGGAUUCAGUCAGUUUUUAUUGCUUCAGGCCCUUCAGACAUACUCUGAUGACAUCUUGUCUUCGGAAACAAGUGUCAAAAUUGAUCCCACCUCUGGCCCCAGGCUUAUAACUCGCAGAAAAAAUCUCUCUCACACACCAGGCUAUGGUGCAGAUGACCUUGAGCUGCCAGCCCUGGAUCCUGACUUAGAAAAUGAUGAUUUCUUUGUCAGAAAAACUGGGGCUUUCCAUGCAAAUCCAUGUGUCCUUCGAGCCUUCGAAGACUUUCGAAGGUUCUCUGAGCCAGAUGAUGCCGUUGAACGAGACAUAAUUUUGCAGUGUCGGGAAGGUGAACUUGUGCUCCCAGAUUUAGAAAAAGAUGACAUGAUUGUUCGUCGGAUCCCAGCACAGAAGAAAGAAGUGCCCUUGUCUGGGGCUCCCGAUAGAUACCAGCCAGUCCCUUUCCCCGAACCCUGGACCCUACCUCCAGAAAUCCAAGCGAAAUUUCUCUGUGCACUCGAAAGGACACGCCCACCCCAAGAGACAAGCAGUAGCUGUAGAGUGUUAGUUCCUUCCUAUCGACAGAAGAGAGACGACAUGCUGACUCGUAAGAUCCAGUCUUGGAAGCUGGGGACUGCCGUGCCUCCCGUCAGCUUCAAACCUGGCCCCUGCAGCCAGGCCGACCUGCGCAAGUGGGAGGCCAUCCGGGAGGCCAGCAGGCUUAGGCACAGGAAGCGGCUGAUGGUUGAGAGGUCAGAGUGUGUUUCUGCAAGGAUUUGGCUUGUGAUGAUGGUCUUGUGUAAAUUUCCUUAUGGAAAAAAAAAAAAGCCUCGUCAGUUUACUCAGCUCUGCAUGCUGUGUGCCGUUUUGAAGCAUCCUGUAAAACAUGAUUUGGCUUUGAGAAACUUUUAGUCAUUUCAUGGAGGAAGUGCAGUUCCAUAUUUACGCGUCUUAGGAUGAUUUGAGAAGGUAUAUACAAUGCCUGCCUCUGGCUUGGAAUCUGGCUUGAAGUGUCUAUCAUUAUAGUCCAACGUGACACUAGAUACAAAUAUUUUCUGAUUGUCUUUGUAGGUUUUUCUCCUCGUGUCUAGCAUUUCUGUAGUAGUCUAGUUGUGGUUUGGUUUUAUGUGUUUAUCACAUUUUGCAGUGUCUUUUGUUGAGCUGAGUAUUUCCCUAAAAUACGUCAUUGCAGAUUUUAUUUAACUUGAUUUUUGUUGUUGAUCUAGAUUUCGUGUACUAUCAGUUUGUUGCAUUUUUAUUUAUAAAGUUCAGUGCAAGCACCAUGAAAAUGCAAUGAGUCUGUCAAACUAUGUAGUUGUGACCAUUUUGGUAACAUGAGCCAUGCAACUUUCUGAUAGCUGUUCUGUUCACUAUAAGUUGGGAAUGGGCAAAUUUGAUGAAGCUAAAUACAAUGAGUGUCUUUAAAUCUACCUUUGCUCCUGGCAAGGGGAGGGCUUGUCUUAGGAAUUUGUUGGCUCAGAAUAAAUUAUGAAAAUGUUGUUAUUAUUUGACCUGAGACUGACUAAAACCUGAACUAUUAAGAAGUGGCUCAGGGCCAACUGGUUCAGAUUCGCCCAUUUCCAGUAAUAAUCAAGUUAAAAAUGUAGAAUGCUUAGAAACUAAUGCAGCUGGGGAGAGUGACCUUUUUUAACCUUUGGUCUUUUGG